CCUUCUCGCGCACGUUUUAAACGUCAUUCCGUAGCGGUUGGGACGUUUUCGAUUCAAAGCUAUCGCCAACCGUUAAGAGCAGAAGUAGUUUACUUGCUAGUUUACUAUGCGUAACAAACUCAGGCGGAACAGGAAAUCUAAAGAUGAUUCAUGCCCAAGCAAAGAGCAGCCGCGAACCACCGAGGUGAUAACGCUGCAGUUGUCAGAGUCGAGAGUCGAUGAUGAAACAUCUCCAGAAAGAGCAUCGGCCUCCUUGACAGCGAAAUACAGAUAUGUUGCUGCAGGCAUGUCGACCCCAACACCACUUCAGGAGCAGAGGAAGACUUUUUGCGCAAAAGACAUUAAAAUUGCACCAGUUUUCUUACACACAACACAGCGCAGUAAGAGUAAACAGGGUCAGCCUGUAGAGGACCUGCAGGAAUCAGUCCUCCCUCCUCAGACUGAAGAUGUGCAACUGGUGAAAGGUCAUCAGCGUUUAUCACCAGUUUCUCACCUGACAAAGAGAAAGAGUUCCUGGAGAGGACAGCUGUCACCCUCAGUUCUGCACAGCUGUCUGGAAGAAAUCCAAACGUCCAACCCAGCAUUCCCAGUCCGAACAGUGUUCAGCACUUUGCAGAAGAAAGUGGGUGAAAGGCUGCAGGAUUUGGAAUCCACAGAACAUCUCAGCUCCCUACACAACCACUUAAAAGAGAAGAGAAAACGGGGGAAUGAAAGCUCUGAGAGGGUGCCCAAACGUCUGAGGUCCAGUCUGGCUGCAGAGGGUGUUGUUAGUAUAAGCAACUAUCUUGUGUCAGCACAGGGUGUCCAGGAAAGUCCUGUCCUGACAGCCAAGAAGCAGGGCAGCAGCAACAAGCUGAGUCGUACUCACAGACUGAGGCAGCAAAGUGGGAGCCCAGCAGGCCUGGCGAAGCCCUGUGAACCUCUGUACUCUGGAUUAAGAAAUCACACCGAAUCUUACAGCCAGUCCCUCAAAACCUCUGACAUCCACCAAAGGGAUUCCAAUUCAGAGGAUGUUCUCUGGACAGACAAAUACAGUCCUCAGCAUUCAAGGGAAGUCAUUGGCAACUGUGCCGCUGUGAAUAAACUGCAAAGUUGGUUGAAGAAAUGGAAGCUAAGGGCCGACUGUUACCAGAGGAGACAAAUGGAGGAAAGCAAACAAGAAGCAAAAAGCAAUGACUCAUGGGACUGUGGAGACUUCCAGGGUGAGGCUGGGGCCGAGGACGACAGAGAGGAGCCGCUUUGCAACACCAUGCUGAUCACAGGACCUCCAGGUGUGGGCAAGACCUCCUCCGUGUAUGCCUGCGCUCAGGAGCUUGGCUUCAAGAUAUUUGAAGUGAACUGCUCCUCACAGCGCAGUGGGCGCCAUGUUCUGUCCCAGCUGAAGGAAGCUACCCAGUCCCAACUAGUGGAGAGGCCGGGGAAAGACCCGCUGAAACCAACUUACUUCAGCAACUACAACAUCAACAGCUGCACUCCUAAAUCUGAGACUCUACCUGGUACAACAGCGCGUCCCAAAAAUGUGCCCUCUUCCUCAAAUAAGAGAGCACCACAGAGGUUUGGCCACUCUAGUCGCAAAGGAAAAGUUAAUCCGGCUAUGGUCACUUUGGCCAACUACUUUAAGGUGAAGGCCAAAGCAGAUAACUUACAUUUAGGUGACCUGUCGCCAUAUGAAAAACCAGAAAGUGAGAAAUCAGGCAACCCAUCCCCAAGCUCUGAUCAAACAGUGCCAGGGGAUAAAAAGACAGCCACAUCACUUAUUCUGUUUGAAGAGGUUGAUGUCAUAUUUGAUGAUGAUGUUGGUUUCCUCGCAGCCAUCGAGACUUUCAUGACCACCACUAAGCGACCAAUCAUUCUGACCACCAAUGAUCCUUCAUUCAAAGAGAGAUUCAACCCCAGCUUGGAGGAAAUCAUUUUCAGAACCCCAUCAGCGGUGAACGUCUGUAGCUACCUGCAGCUGGUGGGUUUGGCUGAGAAUGUACGACUGGAGUUGGACGACGUUCGCAGCCUCCACAGACUGUCUAGAGGGGACGUCAGACGUUGCCUCUCGCAGCUGCAGCUCUGGGUGUGCAGCGGUGGAGGACUGGCGUCUCGGAGGGGAGGCUCGCCUAAGGAGACUACUCGUGUACAGCACUCAGGUCUUACUGAAAGGGGAGAAAAUGUAGACUCCCAACUUCUUCAUUGCGACCCAUGCUGUACUGCUAGCAUGCUGGGUCUCCACCCUGUGACCCAAAACCAACUGUUAAACCUCCUCAAGUGUCAGUAUUGGUCUGAAAUAGACAUGGACAAGCUCCUGAGGCUCCUAGCUGAGAGCUGGAGAGGAGGUGUUCCUCUUCUGUACUCCAACCUGGAGCUUCUUCUACCCACCGAGGCCAAAGGGACUUGUGGGCUGCAGAAGGGGCUGGCACCCUCUGAUAUUGAUCUUCACAUCACGCUGCUGGAUGGCUAUGUCAGUGGAAAGGCUUCAGCCACCAACUCCAAAUCUGUUAGGAAAGUCUCCAGGCUUAGCAGGAGGAAAUAUAAUGCAACGUUUGACACAUCUUGCAGUAUGACACAAAACACAUCAUCAUCGUCAAAAAGGGCUCAUUUAAGAGUCCCCAGUUUAAGAGACAAGUCUGAAGAAAACACAGCCAAAGUAGUAACACACUGUUUGGAUGCCUUGAGCGACUUCUUUGACCUCAUGUCAUACCUUGAUUCCACAAUGCCAGCUGCUGCAGCCCUGCGUGGUUCAGGCCUGUGCCGACCUGAGGCCUUUGUCUGGACAGGAGCUGAGAUAAAGGAUGGCUUACUGGAUGUGAUGGGGGAACAGGGGGAAGUGGACAGGAUUUGGAGCCAGGAGAGGCUGUUGGAUAUUCAUGCCGCUGUUGAGGGCUUGGGGUGUCGCAGGUGCUGUUGGCAAGUGUCUGAAGCGUGGACUGAAGCCCAAAACUACAGACAAGAACUGGGAGACGUAAGGUGGGGGAGGCUGGUGGAGAGACUGACAUUACCUGUCACCUCCAAAAAACAGAACCUCAGCUUUAGAUUGCAACCUUUGUGUGCACCAAGUGUGUCUAAAAGGAGGUACGAGCUGAGCAGGAGGGUGCUUGGCAGUAACUCCUUCAGCCUGCUGGGGAACAGAAGAGCUGUCAGUGUCGACUACAUGCCGGUCCUCCGCUACAUCUGUCGCUUUCAAAGAGCACAGCAACAGAAAGAGGAGCCAGCCAGGUGUUUGAACUACCUCAGCAGCACACAUCUGGGCCUCUCAAAGUCAACCAUUCAACUCCUGGGAGAAGACUUUUCAUAAAAAAACCUCAUACUACCUCACUUUCCUCCAGUCACUAUUUACUUUGCAGUCAUUUUUACCUGAAUAUUGUCAAAUAAAUUUAAUGCUGUUGAGAUGAGAAAUCUUUGUGUGUACCAUGAAAAGUAAAUAAAAAUGUUUAUACUUUUGUAAA